UACCCCGCGAGCUUAGCCGGUGUCUGGUGGGAGCUGGCCCUGGGAGUGAUUUGGCGGCCGGGGUCGCGUGGGAGGGCAGAGUCCGGGGCCGAGUUCUGAGGCAGCGCGCGGCCGUAGAGCGAGGCGGGAGGACUCGGAAACUCGUGGUCCAUGAGCCGGCGGCGGGGUCUACGCGGAGCCGCAGACUCCCCGGGCCUUGGUACGGUCCCGGCAGCCGCGGGCUAAGGAUUCUCGAGGCUCCCGAGCUGCCACUAUGAACCCCGAGAAGGACUUCGCGCCGCUCACUCCUAACAUCGUGCGUGCCCUCAGUGACAAACUACGAAAAGCGGAAGGUGGCAGCGCUGGAGAUAGAGAACGCCACCCCAAGGGCGGGAAGGUGGAGCCCUGCAGCUCGAACAACGCCCCCUGCCGCCCGGAGGAGGAAUGUGCGCUGGCAGCCCGAGGUCGCGAACAUGGCGCCGCCGACUGUUCGCCCCGGAUCGCCUUCUGAUUCGGGCGGGACGGAGCCCAACGCGUUGUCGCGGAUCUCGCAGUGGGCGGACGAUCACCUGCGCCUGGUCCAGAAUAUCAGCACUGGAAUGGCCAUAGCUGGAAUAAUGUUAUUUCUAAGAAGUAUUCGACUGACAUCAAAAUUUACAAAGUCUUCAGAUAUUCCAGUGGAAUUUAUAAGAAGGAAUGUUAAACUGCGUGGCCGAUUGCACAAGAUAACUGAGAACGGUCUGGAAAUUGAACAUAUUCCUAUUACUUUACCUGUUAUAUCUUCAUUUAAAAAAGAGCCUUUUGGUGUUUUGCUGGUUAAACUGGCCGGAGUAGAACUCACUGAAACUGGGAAAGUCUGGCUACAGGAAGAGCUAAAACCUUCCCAGCUACUGUGGUUCCAGCUUCUUGGAAAAGAGAAUUCAGCACUCUUUUGCUACCUUCUAGUGAACAAGGGUAGAUCUUUUAGUGUGAAUCUGAAUGAAGAAAUUUUGAGAAGAGGCCUGGGCAAAACUGUUCUUAUUAAAGGACUAAGUCAUGAUUCUAAAAACUACUGGAAAAUUCACAGAAAGCUGCUUAAAGCUGAAUUAGCAGCUGUCAAAAAAGGAGAAGGAAUAUGGAAGGAAGAAUCUGAAAAAGAAAGUUAUUUGGGAAAAUUCAAAGAUUCCUGGAGAGAAAUAUGGAAAAACUUUAAAACAACAGAAUCAGAUUUCAACUUGAAAAAACAAAGUUAUCAUGAAAAAUGGCAGAGGAUUUAUGAAACAUGGAAAGACAACAUAAAUAACUACUCCUUAACACUAAAAUUCAGAGAGUUUAUGAGUCACUUACACUUUCGUAGAAAAAAAUAAAAUAUCCAUGAGGUCUAUAGGUGUAAAGUAAGUAUAAGUGAAAUAAAUAAAUAAAAGAGUAAAAUAAUAAA